AUGGCACACAAGGAACUUUCCAUUGCUCUUGUGAUUCUCAUUGUUGUUCUCUUUGUUAACAGGAAUCUCCAAGGUGCCACUGCUGACUAUGGUGGUUGGCAGAGUGGUCAUGCCACUUUCUAUGGUGGGGGUGAUGCUUCUGGCACAAUGGGUGGAGCAUGUGGCUAUGGAAAUUUGUAUAGCCAGGGUUAUGGAACUGACACUGUGGCUCUAAGCACUGCUUUGUUCAACAAUGGCUUAAGCUGUGGAUCUUGCUAUGAAAUGAGAUGUGAUGAUGACCCAAGAUGGUGCAAACCUGGCUCUAUUACUGUUACUGCUACUAACUUCUGCCCCCCAAAUCCAUCUUUGCCUAACAACAAUGGUGGUUGGUGCAACCCUCCCUUGCAACACUUUGAUAUGGCUGAACCUGCCUUCCUUCAAAUUGCUGAAUAUAGAGCUGGAAUUGUGCCUGUGGCCUUCAGAAGGGUUCCUUGUGUGAAAAAGGGAGGAAUAAGGUUCACCAUCAAUGGUCACUCUUACUUCAACCUAGUUUUGAUAACCAAUGUUGGUGGUGCUGGGGAUGUGCAUUCAGUGUCCAUCAAAGGGUCCAAAACUGGGUGGCAACCCAUGUCAAGGAAUUGGGGCCAAAACUGGCAGAGCAACUCCUACCUUAACGGACAAUCCCUUUCUUUUCAAGUCACCACCAGUGAUGGCAGAACUGUGGCAAGCUACGAUGUAGCACCAGCCAAUUGGCAAUUUGGCCAGACCUUCCAAGGAGGCCAAUUCUAG